UUAAUCAGGAAUGUCUGUGAAAACAUCUCAAAAAGUAUUUCCCCAGUUCAACAAGCAGAUCGUCGGUGCAUAUUGUUGAAGUUUCGGUGUCUAGCUCUAGCUUUGAAAAUGGGGUUCGAAAUGAUUCUCCAACUCUUCGUCAGCGUCCUUAUUUUCAUAGGUUUGAUGCAAAAUAGUUGCAAAGCCAUAACAUUCGAAGAAGAUGUUACGCUCACCCUCGCACAAAAGGGCCUGUUAGACGAGUUUAAAAUCCGGGUGAUGCCCAAACUUGUGGAACCAUACAUGCAAGACGACCUUUUCCUCCUCAAGUGGCUGAGAUAUAGCAAUUUCAACGUAGAAUCUGCCGAAUCUCGUCUAUUAAAGCAUAUGGCCUGGCGCAAGAAAAACGGCAUGGACACGAUUGAUCAAGAAGAUUUUUCCGACCUUCGACCGGAUUUUCGAUAUUCUUUGGAAGGGAGAGACAAACUGGGUCGUUCUUUUAUAUACUUUGAAGCGGGAACCAUUGACCUGCGACGAGCCCUUGUUCAAGGGAAGGGGGAGAAAUUAAUGCGCUAUGUCGACAAAGGGCUGCAAGAGGCGUGUACUCUGGUCAGAAACUUGGGACAAGAAUAUAAGAACAUUACUCGAGGACAUCUCAUCAUCAACCUCGACGGGUUCAACAUUAUGCAGCAUGGAUGCCUUCGAUGUAUCCCAUUUCUGCUCAGGAUUGUCAUUGGGUACGAAGAGAACUAUCCAGAAUGUGCAGACCAAAUUAUCACAGUGAACACCCCAUCCUCCGUGGAACCUGUGCUUAACGCAAUUAAAGCUCUGUUAAGUCCAGGGAUGAGAAAAAGUCUUCACAUUUACGGAACCAACCGUCGCCAAUGGCUGAACGAGUUGGAAAAGGACUUUGAUUUUGACAAGUUGCCCCCAUCACUUGGUGGCUCAAAAAUCUAUGCUGGCAUGGAGGACGACUAUUAAUAAUUUUCUGCAGACAUUUCAGAAUAACAACAACGCACUUGAUGAAAUUCACCAAAUAAAAUGCAUAUACAUAUUUUAAUA